CACGUGACUGGUCACAUGGUCAGAAUUGUGUAACAGCCUGCAGGUCCUUUCUCCCCGCAGAGUUCAGUGUCCACCCUGUGUUGUUAUUACCCUGAGCAGUGCGCGCUAUGACUGAGGCGCUGUGCAGAUGGCGCGGUGCUGCCAGGCUCCUACUGCGACUUCACCCAACAUAUGCUGGACAAUUGGGUGUGGUAAGAGCAGCUAGCAAUAACCCGACACAAAGUGACAGCUCUACAAAGCCACCUCUGAAGAAACCAAAGACCCCUCAAGGACGUUUUGAUGAAACUGAAGAGACAACAAAAGAGAGAGAGCCACUAGAAAGAUUCCCAGACGAUACCAACCCUAUUACAAAAGAGAAAGGUGGUCCUAGGGGGCCCGAACCUACUCGCUAUGGAGACUGGGAGAGAAAAGGGAGAUGUAUAGACUUUUAGUGCUACUAGGAAAAGUGUUUAAAGGGAUUAUGCCACGAUUAAUGUAAAAAAGGAAAAUCGGACAACAUAUAGUACAUAACAGUCUCUUCCUAGAACCAGCCCUGUACCUCACAUGGAUCCAGAGAUCUCCCCAUUCAUUGCUCGCUAUAUUUAUAUCAAGCUGAGGGGGAGUGUCCUUUCUGCUGUAGCUCUCUUCCCAUCACAGCUCAGGAAGCAGUUGAAGGAUGGAGCUGAGAAUGUGCGUCUACAUUUUGAGUAAGGCUAAUUUCACACUGGCAGCGGGGGAGUCCGGCAGGCUGUUCCGGCGGGUGAACAGCCUGUGGGAUCCGCCCUGCCGCUAGUUCACGUAAGCCCCUGGACUGCUGCUCCGUCCCCAUUGACUAGAAUGGCGGCGGGCACAGAGUUCUGGCGGCAGCGCACGGCGAGAGGCAGCCAGCCUAAAAGUACUGCAUGUCAUACUUUUAGUCCGGCUUCUGCCGGAACCUCACCCCCAUUAUGGUCAAUGGGGACGGAGCGGCAGGACGGAUCUGGCAGUCUGGGGGCACACGUGCACUAGCGGCAGGGCGGAUCCGGCAGGCUGUUCCAGCGGGUGACUCCCCUGCCGCUAAUGUGAAAGUACCUUAACUCAGUGGCUAUGCAAAAUUUUGAAAUGCAUGCAUUUACAAACCUAUUCAGAUCCAGGUGCUGGUUGGAAUUUUUUCCAUGAGGCAACCCCUUUAAUGGUAGAUGUAAAUAGUACUUGCAGCACCAAGAAGAUGAUGAAACAUAAUGCACUGGUUACAAUAAAUAUGUAUACAGCA